GCAGGGAACACAUGACAUAAGAUACUAUAGAUCUGCCUUGUGGGCGCUAGUUUAAAAAUAAAGGCUAUUGCACAUCUGUGCUCAUCCUGGGAGGCUGCGGAGAGGAGCGGCUGCACAAAAGCACAGACAAUGCACUGGACAACGCUGUGUGAGUCAGAUACACGUAUGGCACUUGCGGAACCAGUCCCCGUGGCUUAUCUUAAUUUGGAUGCUCAAGGGAAAUGCGAGGUGUCACUGGAUGAUGUACUGGUCAACUCUUCAGCUAGAAUUGUUGACGUCCACAGCGCUGAGGCAGUUGAAGAUACUAAGACAGAGGGAUCUCAGAUAGACAUGUUCCAUUGCAAAGCGUUUGCACCUCCUGCCCACGGUCUGUGGACAACACAACGAGAUGGAGAAGUCAAACUGAGGAUGGAUGAACAUGGCAUAGGCAGUGAGGAACCAAAGACAGUUAAUGAUCUAUUUGAAGAAGCUUGUAGAAAAUAUGGUAAUAAGCAUGCCCUUUCAUACAAAAAGAAUGGCCGUUGGAUGAAGGUAUCUUAUAACAUGUACUAUGGUGAAUGCUGGACUGCAGCAAAAAGCUUUCUGAAGUUGGGACUAGAGCGUUUCCAUGGAGUAUGCAUCUUGGGAUUUAAUUCUGCGGAGUGGUUUAUUGCUGACAUUGGAGCGAUCCUUGCAGGUGGACUUGCUGUUGGUAUCUACACUACAAGCUCUCCUGAGGCCUGCUAUUAUAUAGCAGAGAACUGUGGUGCUAACAUUAUCGUUGUGGAAAACCAUAAGCAGCUGCAGAAAAUCUUAGAAAUUGAGCAUAGACUACCUCUUCUGAAAGCUAUUAUCAUGUAUGGGGAAGAGCCAAGGGAGAAGAGACCAAACCUGUAUUCUUGGGAGGAGUUCAUGGACAUUGCCAAUCACGUUACAGAUAAUAAUCUCAUGGAUGUCAUUGAGUUGCAGAAGCCUAACCAGUGCUGCACACUAAUAUAUACCUCAGGAACAACCGGACAGCCGAAGGGAGUAAUGCUCAGUCAUGACAAUUUGACAUGGACUGCAGCAGCAGCAGGGCGUUUCAUACAACUCUCGGAUGCUACAGAAAAGCAAGAAGUGGUGGUCAGCUAUCUGCCCCUCAGUCACAUUGCUGCGCAGAUGAUAGAUAUUUGGUUGCCAUUAACUUUUGGUGCACAAGUUUGCUUUGCUCAGCCAGAUGCAUUAAAGGGCACUUUGGUAGACACCCUGCGGGAGGUGAGGCCAACUGCUUUUUUGGGAGUUCCUCGUGUCUGGGAAAAAAUGGAAGAAAAAAUGAAAUGUGUAGGCGCAAAAUCAUCUGCACUCAAAAGAAAAGUGGCGUCGUGGGCCAAGGAAGUAGGUUUGCAGACAAACCUGAAACAGAUGAACGGGAGUACUGAAGUCCCGAUGAAUUUCCGCUUAGCCAAGCGCUUGGUAUAUAAGAAAGUUCGAAAGGCUCUUGGACUGGAUCGGUGCACAAAGUGCUACACAGGAGCUGCUCCAAUUACCAAAGAGACACUAGAAUUUUUUCUGAGUCUGAACAUCCCUGUGUAUGAGCUGUACGGCAUGAGUGAGAGCUCUGGGCCUCACACAAUCUCUCUGCCUCAUGCAGUCAAGCUUACCAGCUGUGGAAAGGAAAUUACAGGCUGCCGGACACUGAUUCAUAAGCCAGAUGGUGAGGGCAGUGGGGAGAUCUGCUUCUCGGGAAGACACGUCUUUAUGGGCUAUUUGAACAUGGAAGCAAAAACCAAAGAGGCAAUUGAUAAAGAUGGCUGGCUGCAUUCAGGUGACCUCGGCAAGCACGAUAAAGAUGGAUUCCUCUACAUCACUGGCAGAAUUAAAGAGCUCAUCAUCACUGCUGGAGGUGAGAACAUUCCUCCUGUUCCCAUUGAGGAUGCUGUAAAAGAGGCUAUUCCCAUCAUUAGCAACGCAAUGUUGGUUGGAGACAAAGCAAAAUUCCUUGCUAUGCUUCUAACACUAAAGUGCCAAGUAAAUGAAGAAAACGGAGAGCCAGGAGAUGACCUCACUCCAGAAACUAUUGAAUACUGCCAAAAACUGGGUAGCAAGGCUACUAAAGUCUCUGAAAUCAUAAGUAGCAAAGACCAAGCUAUCUACGCAGCUAUCCAGAAGGGAAUUUCAGCAGUCAAUGAGAAAGCAGUCUCAAAUGCUCAGAAAGUCCAGAAGUGGGUCCUUCUGGAAAAGGACUUUUCUCUCUUUGGGGGAGAGCUCGGCCCAACCAUGAAACUGAAGAGACCAGUGGUGGCACAGAAGUAUAAAGACCAAAUUGAUCAGUUUUAUACUGACGCGGCUACGCCAACCACAACAGAGAAUGCUGCUCAGAAGUAAGACAGAGGCUCUGUGACUUAGUAUGAAACUCUUCCCUCACUGUGUAAGCGUACUAUCGGCACGGACUUUUAAUGAAGGAUUAAAUGGGUUUUGCUGAAAUAAAUAAGGCUCAAUCAUCAUGCAGCCCCUCUGAAUCACUUAAUAGCUGUAUGACUUUUGGCCCUCUUACUACAGUAGGCUGAGUGUGUUAGGUGCCCAGUGUUUUCUUGUAUGUCCUAACGCUGAGAUGUUUAUAAAUAUCUUUGCAUUGUAUUUUCUUCUUUGUACAAGGACAAAAUCUUUGCAGAAUAGCUCCUGUGGCAAUUCAUUAUUUAUGUUAUGUUUUAACCAAAGUUUUAUUUCAGUAAGUUGAAUGUAAAACAAACAGCAGUUUUCCUGCUGAGAGGGAAAGGCAGCUUUUUUCUGUGUAUUUUUUUUUCUUCUAGAUGCAUGUUUAAUUGCAUGCUGAUGGCAUCUGAACUGUUUUAAAUCUUCUUCCCCACAAAUUGUCUUCUGUCAGACAAGAGACACAUGCUGUAUGACUAUACACAUGGGAUAAGUGUAUAUAAAACCUGGGGUUUGAGGUCUGUCUGUGCAAUAUUUUGAGCCUCGAUUCCAGCUUGUUGAGUUAAAACAAAGCCAUAAAUUAUAUUGUUAAAGUAAUAUACAUGGCCUGUGUUCUGAGAAGCAUUCCACAAAGGGACUAUUUAUAAGGCUGUACAAAUGUGUGUGAAAUUUGUCUGUAGUCUCGCAAUCAUAGAAGCUUUGUCUAGAACUUCUUGAAACGGGUAGAACUCCAGGUCUGUGGGGUGGGGUAGACUGAGGUUUGAUACAUGCAGGUGUAGAGAGGAGAGAGCAGGGAGAACCAGGUUGUUCAAAGGGUGAAGCGUUUGCAGAACUGAUCAACCACUCCAGAAAAUGUAAAGGGCUUUUACGUUUAAUUAACUAAAUGUAGGCCGGGGUAGUUUUGGAAAGCCGCCUACAAAGUGUGUGUGAAAGUACCUAUUAAAAUAGCUUGUGAAGGUCUUCUAAAUCAUUCUGCAAGGUAUAUUAGACCAGAGCAGGUAUUCUGAGCCGCCUAAUGCAUGGAGGGACUGUUAAUCACAAUAGCAAAUAAAGGAUUGCUUGUAAAAUGGCUUAUUUCAAACUAGAAAUCAUCCAUCUUAGUACAAUAAAACUGGAACAGUUGUACUCUGGUUUUGCAUAAUGUUUCUCACCCUUAAGAUGUCAGGUGUGGAUGUGUGUCCUGCAGGGGAAGAACAUCAUUAAGCUACUGAAUAAAUGCAAAUAGCUCAAGAAAGCUGCUGGCUCUAAGGUGUAGUAGCUAUGUACCUACAGCCCUUCUCUGUAUCAAAACCUUGCUGGGGUGGGCAUUGACAGUACUUGGAACCGGGCACCUUAAGGAGCUUUUUAAGCCUGAAAUUUUGCCUCUGAUCUAGGCUUAAAACUAGAGCAAACAGCUAAGGGAAAUGCUACUUGCCUAUAUGCCUAUAGCACUUGUAUGAAAGUACGGUGAAUGCACUAUUACAACCGCUGCUGCUCUUGUGCAGCUAUGGUCUCAGCUGGAUGAAUUUGAAGCAUGUCUCAAAUUUCAGAUGAAUGCCUAAUAAAUAGUUGGAAACUCUCA